UCCUCCGCCCGUCAAACUGCCUGACUCUACUCAUUCAUCCCCGCGUCACGAGAGCCUCGGAACCUCCGACACGAUGGCCGGCUCCCAUCCGCUGAAAUCGGCCCUGUCCAUCACCCCCGUGGACGACACUUCUCUGGCCUUGCCCUCGGGGCGCCAGCAGUAUCGUUCCGGAGAGCAGCGCGUCCUGGAGCAGGUGCAGAGCGUGCAGAGGACCAGGUCCAGGCACUCCAGCAGCACGAGGACUGGCUCAACCUCUUUGCCUCCGACCAGCCCUUUCAAUGAUGAAGUGUUCGAGUCCAGCACGUCGAAGGGAAAUGUCUUCUUUGGGAAUGGUCAACUAAAAACGCUCCCUGUGGAGAAAAGCCUCAACCGCCGCUCAUUCAGCAACACAAUUAGCGGCGCUGCCAAGACCACCAACACCUUUCACCGCCGCUACGAGUUCGGCUCCACUCCCGUGGGCUGGUUGGCCCGCAACCGCGACGAGCCUGACCAGAAUCGGCACCGCUCCCUACCCACUCCGCACUGGACCCUCUCCGGCCGCAAAAGCUACAGAGCGGAUAUGCGCAGCGGCGGCGGGCAGUUCAUUGGCACCAAUCCGAAAUUCCCGACCAGUCCGCUUGACGUCAGUAAAACACGGUUCAAGCCUUUGACGGAUGACAGUCCCACCAAGCAGAGCAAGCUUCCUGGCAAAGGGGAUUCUGGGUCAAGCGGAAACAGUGCAAUGGCUGACAUCACCAUGAAGGAGGCUGUGGAAUUCCUGUCCCACGAGGACAUCAAAUACCAACGCUGCGGAGCCUCUUACAUCCAGCACAACACCUUUGUUGAUGACAAAGCUAAGGAAGAGGUGCUGAAGUAUAAGGGGAUCCCUCCGCUGGUGGCGCUGCUGAACAGCUCGAACCCAGAUCUGACCCAGACGACCUCGGCCGCCCUGCGCAACCUGGCCUUCAAGAACAACGACAACAAGGAGGAGAUCCAACACUGUGGCGGCAUCACGUCUGCUGUGGCUCUGCUCCGUCAAACGGACUCCACUGAGAUUCAGAGGCAGCUCACCGGUCUUCUAUGGAAUCUGUCGUCUGCUAACAGCCUGAAGACGGACCUCCUCAAGAGCACGCUUCCUGUCUUAAUGAAGCGCGUCAUCCAGCCUUACACCACAAGCCCGGAGCGGGGCACGGCCAGCGGGCCCGAUCAUGAAUGCUUCUUUCACGCCACCAGCUGCCUGCUAAACCUCAGCAGUGCAAAGCAGAGCAACCGACAGACCAUGAGGAAAUGUCAAGGUUUGGUGGACUCCCUGGUCGCUUACCUUCAAGACUGCGUGGAUGGUGGCAGGACAGAUGAUAAGUGCGUGGAGAACUGCGCAUGCAUCCUGCACAACCUCACUUUCGAGCUGGAGGCCGAGGCACCGGCCUUGUUCAAUCGCAUCACGGCGCUGGCGAAGCCCGCUGGCCCCGUAGACAGUCAAGGUGACGCCGGCCCCAUCACCUGCUUCAGUCCACCCAGCAAAAGCUCAGACAGCAAACACUACUUUGAUUUCCCAGUGGUAGAGGACCCCAAACCGACUGGGGCCGGCUGGCUCAUCCACUCCAAAACCCUGCAGAACUACUUGACCAUAUUGGGCUCAAGUCAUCGGGAUGAAACUCAGGAGGCCUGCUGUGGAGCUCUGCUGAACCUCACAGCCCAGGAAGGCAUCGUUUCCAACGUCAUGAGCCAGACUGUGGCGCAAAAACUGGAUGGCCUCCCAGUAAUCACCCCGCUUUUAAAGUCAGACAAAGUCACCUUGCAGAGGAACGCAGUGGCCUUGAUGCGGAACUUCAGCAAGAACCCCAACCUGCAAGGCAUCUUGGCUCGCAAAGUGUUGCCUGAACUCCUGGGCAUCCUGGGCGCUGGCACCAAGGGGGGCAACGAGUCUGACGACACGCUGGCCUUGGCGUGCCAGACUGCCAACUUCCUGGUGGCCAAGGAGCCCGAGAGCGCCAAGCGCCUGCUAAAUGGUGGCUUGAUCAACUCACUGAAGGAGCUCAGCGAGAACAGAUCUUUUCCCAAAUCCAGCAAGUCGGCAUCAGUGUUCCUCUACCAGCUAUGGUCUGACAAGGACAUCCAGAACCUCCUAAAGAGGCAAGGGAUGAAUAAGUCAUCGUUCGUCAAUGACGUCACCACGGCGGCCCACAAGUCGGUACAAGUGAUCGACUAGGACCCAGGGGCCCGGUCACUCUGUGGGUGCCGACAACCUUUCUCAUUUCAUUUUGUGUUCUUAAACGCUAAAGUUGGAUUGGUGAGUGAUUGUUUUAAAAAAAAAUGUCAAUAAAGUUUUCAGGGUCAAAAAUUGACUCAAGGUCAAUGGCCGUCUGGCCUUCCUAGGCGACUGCUAAACAUUUACAAGUCAUCAAUGCUUAGAGUAUUCUUCAAAAAAUACUUUUUAUCAAUUUUAAAGAACUGAAGAUAUUCAUUUGUUGAAUUUGCUAACAGCUAUUUCAAUCCAAAACAUGUAAAGAGGUCAAAUGACAUUUCAAGAAAGGUCCUCAUAUUUGAUAGCAGCUUUGAACCCGGGAGUUUUUCGACUUGAAAAUCUUCCCAGGGUGUCUCAUAGAGUGGCUGUUUGGGCGUGACUGCAUAUGCAUACCAAAAGAACAAAAACUACGUUAUAUUUUUUUUUUGCGCUUGUCUGGUUUACAGGAAAAAGAAAAACAGGUCUCUUUACUCUGCACACCUGGCCGAUCGAUCUCUUACCUUUUGACUUGAGCUUACUUUUGAGGCGCCCGCAGGCUCACAGAUGAUGUUUAUCAUUUAGGAGGCUUUAUUUAAAACACAUUUUUUUGCAAAUAGAAGAGUCUGCAUGGAUGCAGCCUAUAAAAAUCAUCUUGAUUUGAUGUUGUUGUCUUUAGACCCCUUUAGCUCCCACCAGCUAAAGAAACCUAGACACACUUUUAUUCAUGUAUGCACUUUAUUUCACAAUUAUGAUGACAUUAGUAAGGCAACUUAUGAUAUCUGUAUAUCUGUGUUGUUUUUACUUCCUCAGGCCUCGCUUGCUCCUUCUGCCCUUUGAACUGUAAAAAAAAGCAAAAUUAAAAUAAGCAGAGGUCAGGGAGCGCAUUACAUGGGCAAUGUUGUUAAGUGUAUCCCCUCCACUAGGUGGAGCCGACACUACUUAAGCAGGAGUUGUGUGGGCUGCAAACAAUUCAAUGACAGUUGAAUACAGCGUGCAAGAUGUAGGUUACGCAUAGAAAAAAAAAAAAAAAGAAAAAAAGAUGUAGGCUACGCACGUUCCGUUAGUGCUCUCAUGCAUUUGUUUAUUUAAAGUACAUUCCUGAAAUGACGCCUUUUCACUUACGACACAACACAUAUGUUGUGCGUAAAAUGUUGGACAGCGUGGCAAGACAUGAUUGUGGAAGGAGAUUCCUUGGGCUUCAUUGGCAACGACGUUAUGAUCGCCGUGAUUUCGGGUGGAGCAGCUUGCAUGCACGCUUCUGGGAGGACUCGCUACAAGCUGCUGGAGCAAGUGAUGCUACCCGCUCGUGUCCUCCUUGCUUCAAGCAUCAUGCGAAGAGACAACGGCGGACUCAAGACGUCUAUUUAUAGGCAGCCUUUCGGACAGGGCUCACCCUGGCUUCGGCGCUGCGUGGCCUCGUCUGUGAAAGCGGGAGAGAGAGGAAGGAAGAGGGCUGACAGGCGCUUGGUGGAGUAAUCCGGACGGAGCAAGAGGAAGACGACGGGAGGCAAGACGCUAGAAGAGGGAGCGGGCACGAGCAGGAUGCACGCCACGUUCGCCAGCUUCUCUCCUCUCUGAGACUUGAGCGGAAGACAGGGCAAGAUAAGAGAGGAAGAGGUGAGUUGGCACUUUGACUGCUUAACAGUUUUCUUUUUAUUAUGCAUUUGCAGAUUCAACCUUGAACAAGAAAACCUUUUGCAAAGACAAUAAUGCUUACAAUAAGACUCUUUGGUGCACAUAAACAAAGCACAGCUGGUUUAAUAUCUUUUUAUGGUUUUGAAUUCAGUGGUUGAUAUUCAAAUUAUUAUGACUCGAUUUUUUUUGUGUUGGAUUUGUAGCCAUCCAUCCAGUUUUUGUAGCAUGCUUCAGGGUCAUAAUUGCUGACUUUGAGCAUGAGGUGUGAUGCAUAUAGACAAAAAAAAAAUAUUUCUUUUCAAUGCCUUUCAAUAUUUUAAUAUCCUAUUUUUUAUGUAUUAUAAAUGAUGACUCUUAACAUCCAUUUGAAUUACAACUGCUGUAAUACUUUUAAUUGUUCAAGUCAUUUUAGAUACUCUUAAAAAUCAGAACCAAUUCAUUUCAGUGACAGUUGUACCGCACAUAGCCUCAUGCAAAAAAUGAUAAAACAUACAAUUGAAAUUGUGAAUUUCUUAAUGAUUUUGCUACAAAAGAGGUCACUAACACGUUUCCCAUGGUGAGUCAGGUGAUUCCCUAGGAAUGCUUUAAUAGAUGUAAACACAUCCAGUCAUGUCUACAAAUUAAAUAUUGCAUUUUAAUCAUUCUUUCCUA